CAAGACACCAACAAAUAAGUACCCCAAGCCUCCCCGUCUUCUGCGAAUCUCUCUUCCCUCCUUCUUCUUUCCCCUCUACCUGCUCUUCAGCUCCAUCUGAAAUCCAACGCCUGUUUCUGGAUUAACUUCCUUUUUUCUUUCCUUUUUUAUACCAACGUCUUUGUUUGUUGUGAUACCCAAUCUCAUUUGAUACCCCCCAAAAUCUUUCAAAAUGGCCGAGGAACAGAAGAACAUCGAGGUCCCUCAGGAGACCAAGCCUGAGAUCGCUGCCCCUACCGCUGGCAUCUCUGCCCCGGCUGUUGAGGCUACCGCCGAGACAAAGCCAGUCGAAGAGACACCCGUUGUCGCCGCCGAGACCGCUCCCGCUACAGAGGAGAAGCCCGCUGAGGAGACCAAGCCUGCCGAGGAGGCUGCUAAGGCUGAGGAGAAGAAGGAGGAGGAGGAGAUUAAGCCCGUGGAGGAGGGUCACUUGAACCACAAGGCUCAAGGCCUGAGCUUCCCCAAGAACCUUAUCCCCAGCAAGGAGUUCUUUUUCUUCGGCACCGAGGCUGUCGAGCCCAAGGCUCUCUCCCACUACCUCAAGAGCGAGAAGUCCGCCGAGACUGCUCACUCUAACAUUGCUUGGGCUUCCGAGACUGGCAAGGGUCUUCUCUUCGUUGGUGACAAGAAGAACCCAUCUAGCGUCAUCAGCCUGGCUGAUGCCACCGAGCCCGAGAUCGACGGCUCUCACAAGUUCCACCUCACUUCCAAGGGCAACAAGCACACUUUCAAGGCUUCCAGCGCUGCUGAGCGCGACAACUGGGUUGCUCAGCUGAAGCUCAAGAUCGCUGAGGCCAAGGAGCUUGCCACCACCGUUACUGAGUCUGAGACCUACAAGGCCACCCUCGAGAGCUUCAAGCCUACUCCUGUCAAGAAGGAGGAGAAGGCUUCUGAGGCCGCUAAGGAGGAGACUCCCGCCGAGGCUGCCGUUGCUGUCCCUGCUACCGAGGAGGCUGCUCCCGUCACCGAGGAGACCCCCAAGGAGGAGGAGACCAAGGACGAGCGCAAGAAGGAUGUCAAGUCCGAGGAGCCCAAGCGCCGAUCUGCUAGCCGCAAGCGAACAUCUUUCUUCGGCUUCGGCAAGAAGGAGGAGUCCAAGAAGGAGGAAGUGAAGAAGGAGGCUGAGGCCAAGCCCGCCGACGAGGUCGCUGUCGAGACCCCUGCUCUUGAGGAGACCCCCAAGAUCGAGGAGCCUGUCAAGCCUGUCGAGGAGGUUGCUCCCGCUGCCGUUGAGGAGCCCGCUAAGCCCGCUGAGGAGACUGCCCCUGAGGCCGUCCCCGCUGUUGCUGAGGACAAGCCUGCCGAGAGCCCCAAGGAGAAGCCUACCGCUACCAAGCGCAACAGCUUCUUCGGUAACGUCUUCUCCAAGAAGGAGAAGAAGACCCCUGAGCUCAAGCCCACUGAGCCUGAGGCUACCAAGGAGGCCGAGGCUGAGACCACUGCUCCUGUGAUCCCCCCUGUUGAGGCCACCACUCCCCUCGCCGUUGACGUCUCCAACCCCGCUACCGUCCCCACCGAGACCACCGAGACUGCUGCCGCCACCUCUCCUGCCCCUGAGGUCAAGAAGGACCUCAAGGAGAAGCGCAAGUCUUCUCUGCCUUUCGCUUUCGGCAAGCGUGACAAGUCUCCCGCCCCUGCUGAGGGAGAGAAGAAGGAGUCUCCUUUCUCAAAGCUCCGCAACACCAUCCGCGGCAAGUCCCCCAAGCCUGCUGAGAAGCGCGCCGAGGAGAACAAGGAGGAGACCGUCCAGGAGGAGCCCGCCGAGGCCAAGACCGAGGAGCUCAAGACCGAGGAGGCCCCCAAGAUUGAGGAGCCUGCUAAGCCCGCUGAGCCCGAGGCUGAGGACAAGCCCAAGGACGCUGCUCCCGCUCCCGUUGUCACUGCCGCCGCCUAGAGGGUGGUCCGGCGCUGAGCGUUGAAAUUUAUGACUGAAUUCACAAUGAAACAAAAACCCCAACACCACCAUACAACACGCGCAUUGAGAGGGUUU